GGAUGCUGCCGGCAAGGUGCUGGACCGCUGGGCCAUCAUGUCUCGAGAAGAAGAAAUCAUCACCCUUCAGCAGUUUCUGCGGUUUGGAGAAACCAAAUCCAUUGUGGAGCUGAUGGCAAUUCAGGAGAAAGAAGGGCAGGCUGUGGCCGUGCCAUCUUCAAAGACAGACUCAGAUAUAAGGACUUUCAUUGAGAGCAAUAAUCGUACCAGGAGUCCCAGCCUCCUUGCUCACUUAGAGAACAGCAAUCCUUCCAGCAUUCACCACUUCGAAAACAUCCCAAACAGCCUUGCGUUUCUGCUUCCAUUCCAGUACAUAAACCCUGUCUCAGCCCCGCUGCUUGGGUUGCCUCCAAACGGGCUACUGUUAGAGCAACCAGGACUGAGGCUGCGGGAACCAAGCCUUUCAACCCAGAAUGAAUAUAAUGAAAGCAGCGAAUCUGAAGUAUCUCCCACACCUUAUAAGAAUGAUCAGACACCCAAUAGAAAUGCCCUGACCAGCAUUACUAAUGUGGAGCCCAAAACCGAGCCAGCCUGUGUCUCCCCCAUUCAAAAUUCUGCCCCAGUUAGUGAUCUAACCAAAACUGAACACCCAAAAAGCUCAUUCCGGAUUCACCGGAUGAGAAGGAUGGGGUCAGCCUCUAGGAAAGGAAGAGUGUUCUGUAAUGCAUGUGGGAAGACAUUCUAUGACAAAGGUACUCUCAAAAUUCAUUAUAAUGCUGUUCAUCUGAAGAUCAAACAUCGAUGCACCAUUGAAGGUUGCAACAUGGUCUUUAGCUCCCUCCGAAGCCGUAAUCGCCACAGUGCAAACCCCAACCCUCGCCUUCACAUGCCUAUGCUAAGGAAUAACCGAGACAAAGAUUUAAUUCGGGCCACAUCAGGAGCUGCCACCCCUGUUAUAGCAAGUACAAAGUCAAAUCUUGCACUCACAAGCCCUGGCCGGCCCCCAAUGGGUUUUACCACUCCCCCACUAGACCCUGUCUUACAGAAUCCUCUCCCUAGUCAGCUGGUGUUUUCUGGGCUCAAGACUGUACAACCAGUUCCUCCAUUUUAUAGAAGUUUACUCACUCCAGGGGAAAUGGUGAGUCCUCCAACCUCACUCCCAACCAGUCCCAUCAUUCCAACCAGUGGUACCAUAGAGCAGCACCCCCCACCACCCUCUGAGCCAGUAGUGCCAGCAGUGAUGAUGGCUACCCAUGAGCCCAUUGUUGACCUGGCACCCAAGAAAAAGCCCAGGAAGUCAAGCAUGCCUGUGAAGAUUGAGAAGGAAAUUAUUGAUACUGCUGAUGAGUUUGAUGAUGAAGAGGAUGACCCCAAUGAUGGUGGAGCUAUGGUCAAUGACAUGAGCCAUGACAAUCAUUGCCACUCCCAAGAGGAGAUGAGCCCAGGCAUGUCUGUGAAGGACUUUUCAAAGCAUAACAGGACCCGGUGCAUUUCAAGGACUGAAAUAAGAAGGGCCGACAGCAUGACUUCUGAGGACCAAGAGCCUGAGCGGGACUAUGAGAAUGAGUCUGAGUCUUCAGAGCCCAAAUUGGGUGAGGAAUCCAUGGAAGGGGAUGAGCACAUUCACAGUGAAAUGAGUGAAAAGGUCCUGAUGAACAGUGACAGGCCUGAUGAGAACCACAGUGAGCCCUCUCACCAGGACAUCAUCAAGGUGAAGGAAGAAUUUACAGAUCCCACUUAUGACAUGUUUUACAUGAGCCAAUAUGGACUGUACAACGGAGGCGGGGCCAGCAUGGCUGCCCUGCAUGAAAGUUUUACAUCAUCUCUGAAUUAUGGCAGCCCUCAGAAGUUCUCCCCAGAAGGUGACCUGUGUUCUAGCCCAGACCCCAAAAUCUGUUAUGUGUGCAAGAAAAGUUUCAAAAGCUCCUACAGUGUGAAGCUUCACUACAGGAACGUUCACUUGAAAGAGAUGCACGUCUGCACGGUGGCUGGCUGCAAUGCUGCCUUCCCCUCACGCCGAAGCAGAGACAGAUACUGGGAGAAGAGCAAUGAGCAAAACGGUCUCCUUGUAUCACGGGGAGAGACUCUGUCAAGCCUAAAGUGA